UUGGCCAUCACGAACUUUUGGAACGCAGCCUACAUCGCGGCGCCGUCGAUUAAUCGCAUCUUAUAUCCCAUACGGCCACGAUCCAGAAGAAGACCUAGAGGACACUACCGGUAGCGCCAGUAAAUAUCGGAAAGAAGAAGAAGAAUAUAUGAUGACGUAAUCAGAAAGCGCCGUAGACGUUAGCAAACCAGUUAGCUCAGUUAGCCCGCAAUUUGAAAGGAGCUUACUGACAGCUUCACAGCUCGUGUGGGCGAAUGUUUUAUCUUGUUAAAUGAGCCAACAGCACCUCUGGUUCCUAGCAGCUGUUUGGGUUAGUCCUGGCUCGCUUUCAUUAUGACAGAGGAAGAGGAUUUACCAGCCAACUUUUUGACAGAGAAGAUGCAGCACAGCAGUGGAGAGCUGGUCCCUCCCGACGGCCUGUGUUGGUUGUCAGUACUGUUCUGUCUGAUGCUGGCUUGUUUUUAUGUUGGCAGCUUAUAUGUGUGGAGGAGUCACCUGCCGAGGGACCAUCCUGCUGUCAUAAAGAGACGCUUCACCAGCGUCCUGAUUGUGUCAGGUCUGUCGCCCCUGUUUGUGUGGGCAUGGAGAGAAUCCGCAGGUGUCAUGAAUGGCCCGUCUUUGCUGGUUCUCAUGGGAAUCCGGUUUGAAGGCCUAAUUCCUGCCAUUAUACUUCCUCUGCUCCUCACCAUGGUCCUGUUUCUGGGCCCACUCAUGCAGUUGGCCAUGGAUUGUCCGUGGAGCUUCACCGAUGGGAUCCGGGUGGCCUUUGACCCGUGGUUCUGGAUGUUGUGUGCCAAUGAUAUGCGGUGGCUGAGGAAUCAGGUGGUGGCACCACUAACUGAGGAGCUGGUGUUCAGAGCAUGCAUGUUGCCCAUGUUGGUGCCCUGUGCUGGUCCUUCUACUGCUAUCAUAACCUGUCCCCUCUUUUUCGGAGUGGCUCACUUCCACCAUGUGAUUGAGUUGCUGAGGUUCAGACAGGGCACACUGUUGGGUAUUUUCCUCUCUGCAGUGUUUCAGUUCUCCUACACGGCAGUAUUUGGAGCCUACACAGCCUUCAUCUUCAUCAGAACAGGUCACCUGAUUGGUCCGGUACUUUGCCACUCCUUCUGUAACUACAUGGGUUUCCCUGCCAUCAGCACAGCUCUGGAGCACCCUUACAGACUCACUGUCCUCUCCUCCUAUAUACUGGGGGUCCUCCUCUUCUUUCUCCUUCUGUUCCCCUUCACCGACCCCUCCUAUUACAGCCUCCCAGUCUGCACCCUCGCCUCCUUUCCCAGUCCCUCCUGCCUCUCCUGAUCCUUGUCCCACCCUCACAUUUCUACUGUUGUCAAGAAGCAAUUGAGGGUGUUUUUGCUUUUUUUUAAAAAAAACUUUUUUACUUGUUUUUGUUUCCUCAUUAGCGUUAAGAGUUAAGGUCUGGUCAAAUUUGGGCCAACAGUGACGACUCUGUUGCCACAGAGAGGUGAGGAACUCUGUAGACCCGUUCUUUGGUCUACAGGCACCUUGUUUGUCUAUAUUUAUGUGGCACCAGUCCUGUAACUCUGUCGAAAGCUGGUUCUCAUGGUGUGCAGAAGUUAGAGUCGCGUUGCUGAGACUAAGCUGAGAAUAAACUGGGACAGUCGAUUUCCAAAGACAGCUAAUGUGUCGUACACUGCCACACAGAUACGGGAUAGUACAGAAGAACUGACAUAACACAGAUGAACAAGUUCUCCUUAGAAUGCUGGUAAAUCUCUGUGAUAAGGUACCACAGUGUACCUCUGUGAUGUACUCCUUUCGGUCUGACUCGUUUUGGAUGAGUCUGGUUUGCUGCACCUGUUUUCAUUGUUAUGAUGGCUGCUUCUGUCUGAAAUCACAUCACUGACAUCACAUGACAGGUUGGAAACAAACAUGCUUCCUGCUCCUUUCACCUCACUCAUAGCUGUUUGUGAGUAACAUGACUAAUUUAUAUUUUCAACAAAUAAUAGUCCGUUGUAUAUUGUGUAUAUGCAGAGUGAUGGGGAUUGCUAUGUUGCUCACGUCAGUUGCUAAUUAUUUCCACUUUCAUGCCAGUUUUCCACUGCAGGUUCCAGUUUGUAAGCUAGCCUCUGUUUAAAAUGAGUUUCUGUGAUUUCUUAGACUUUCCUACAUCAUAUGUGUGCAGACUGAAUAGGACUCAUCCUUCACUCUGCUGCCUUUUAGCUUCAGCUAAAUAAAACCCCAACACAUGGGGCACAAUUUAAGAGAGAAGGAAGAACCGUGAACACAGAUUUAUUUCAAACAAGAGCUAGACAGUGCUGCUGAAAUUGGUCACCAGUACAUGCCCACAGGACAAAAGAAGAUUUGUAACAACCUGCAUUGUGAUUGUUGCUGUUUUAACCAUCGUUCACCAUCAGUAGGCAGAAAUACAAGCACUCAGGAUUGUCGCUGUCGAUGGCUCCCUCUUAAAUAAACCAGAUUAUGUAAACCACUUAUUUUUACAUCAUAUUAAAGCCAAACUUAUACAUACAGCAAAAAAGCAAAAGCUGAAUAAAACCCAAGUAAACAGGAAGCUUUGAGUACUCUGCAACCUGAUUUAUUUUGAGGAAACCGUAACUUGAACUUCUAACAAAAACUAGUGUUUUUGUGCAGCAGAGCUGCUCCAAACUUCAUUUACAGUUUUUACCCCUCAGCUGUGAAAGGCUGAUGGUGGUGUUUUCACUCCUCUGGGCAGGUGGUCGGCAUGGAUGCCCAAGUUUGCCAAUGCGAUAACGAGGCGAGGCGACGUAGGAGCAUCAAAUUGAUACCAAAGUUGCAGCUGCUAAAACUUUUGGUCGAGUUUGAAUCUCUGUGACCUCAAGGUCAGAGGUCAAGUUCUCUGACAAUCUUGUGAAUACAAUAACUAGAUCAUAACUAAGUCGUCUAGGAUUUUCAAAUUGAUGCAGUAGGUGUGUCUACUAAAAAUCCUGAAAGAGUUUGAUUCUCAGUGACGUUGACCUCAGGGUCGGAGGUUAAGUUUGAUACCAUGUGUGCAUGUAUAAGUAGCGCUGGCAGCCGGUAUUUUUAAAGAGAGUAGCAUCCGUGACCAGUCAGUGAUUAAUAGGAUGAUAAGCUCCAACUGGAAAAUUCCUGAAUUGAACCCUGAACGGCACAGUGUACAUUUGAUUUAUUUAAAGUGCAAAGUGGUUUAGAUACUAUGGUUAAACUAUUACCUGACCUGUACGUGAUUAAGAGUCAUCAUGAGAGAAUAGUUACAACAACAGAACCAAACUCAAGUCCCAACAGUGACAAGCUUUAGCUGUUUGCACCAGACGUCUGUUCAGUCUGAGAGUAUUGUUUCACAGCAGAGUGACAUAACAGUGUGCCCUCACCCUCUUUCUUAUUGACAGACUGGUACAGUCACCCAGUGUCUCUGCUUGCUUCAUGUCCACUAGUAAGCUAGUAACAGGUUAAAGCUAGUGUGAGACUGAUUGGAGAAAAAACCAACUAAACAAAAAAACAGAACACUUGAAGACACACAGCUGCACUCUUACUGUGAAGACAAAGCAGAUUGCUCUGACCUUCAGCAAUAAGUCCUACGUGUGGAAAAGGUUUUAGAUUGAUCUUUAGUCAGUGAAAUAAGCCAUUUUUGUACAUAUGUAACUCCAGACAUUUUUCAUGUGUUUGUCUUGGCUGUACCUCCCUGAAGCUGUCAGUCGAGGGCAGCGAAGCACUUUGGGAAAUGCAGAAUGAACUGAUUGAAAGGAACAAAAGACCUUUCAGUUCUGUUUAUCAUCCUGUCUGACAUCAGUUAUCUGGUACUGAAAAAUCAUUUCCCUCUAACUUAAAUUUAAUUAUACACAAUUCUGCUGGUCGUUUGUUUGUGAUCAGCUUUUCUCCUUGUCUGAUUCCUACUUUGACUCAUAAGUGCUUGAUUGCUCUGUUUGUAGUUCAGUCCAGGCAGGUAAAAGACUGGGAAAAGUUCUUUUUCCCAGAACUACACAACCAGUUAUAAUAUUUAGGAGGCUCCACUGGACACACCCACUGGCAGUUCUCAUGUGGCUGUGGUGAAAUAUUUGACUACUUACUCCAGUUUAUUUGUAUAACUGCUGAAAUAUAAACAGUGCUGACCUGUGCAUCAGUUCCACGUUGAUGUUAUGAUCCACCCUGUUCCAAAACAGAGUGCCUGAACAUUUUAUUAAUGUUGAAUUGUUGGUCUUUUUCUUCAUUUUAUCCAUUUAGUCCAGUCACAUUUGAAAGGUCUAGAAGAUUAUAUUAUUAUUUUAUUCAAAAGAGUCACUUUUCCAGAAAUACAAAAUAGUGUGCAGAAUCCAUGAAGGAUGGCUUCCUGAUUUCAAAUUAGACCCAAUCUGGUAAUCAAGUCACACACUGUGCUGGGUAAUGUUCUAGUCAUCAUUUCUUUACUAAUAUCAGUUUAAAAGAGUGAAUCCACAAACAGUGCAUGCCAGUCAAUUCAGUGUUAUUUACAGAUUAGGGCAGGAAUGAUUAUCCCCAGUUUGUUAGUAUUUGUUUUGGUCUUCGGGGAGUAGUUUCUCACAAAGAGCACUGUUUGGUUUGGCUGUUGUGUUGGAAGACAAAACGAUGACACAGGUCCAGUUUUGCUGCUGACUGCUUGAGUUGUGCUUUAUCAUCUUCACAUAUCCUUCUUCAUGAUUCCUUCCUUCCUUGACAAGAUUCCCAGUUCCAGACACACUGACGCAGCCCCGCAGCAUGAUGUUUGACUGCAGGGAUGGUGUCCCUUGGGGUGUGUCAACAUAAGCAGUGUCUUUGUGACCAGAGAGCAUCUCAUCUGGUCAAAGAGCAUAUUUGCAGCAUACACCAUUUUUCUCAGGGUUCUCCUUCGAUUACUUCAGUCUGGCUUUCUCUUGGUCUGCAGUCCUUUACUGAUUAGUCACUUCCAGGCUUGGCUAAGUCAUUCACUACAGUCUCUGCAGUUAUUCUGGGGUCUUGAGAACAUCUUUUACUAGUUUCCUUUCCAGAGUCUUUGAAAUGGUUCACCUCCUCGUCUGCCGUGUUUUGUUUGGGCUCUGUGUGGUUCUCUUUGAGUUUCUUCUUAUGCCAGUUUGGAAACCCUGUGAUAACUUUGUACAGACAUCUCCUGCUUUGUGAGCAUCAACCAUCCUUUUUAAGUCUAACCUGAUUUCUUUUCAUUCUAGUGUGAUGUUUGACGACUCAAGCACUUGCUAAAGUUUUAAUGGGUGUAAAUUGGAAGAUGACUCUCAGUUUUAUAAAAAGUUAAAGCAUGUCUUAGCAGAGCAGUGGUUUGUGCAGGAGCCCAAUGAAGUCCGUUUGUCAGGGGGAUAAUUACAUUGAACUUUGUAUUUUAUAAUUUUCCCCCCCAAAUAAUUCUGUUUUUAUGUGCAAAUAGAAAUAUGUGCUUUCUAAAGAAUUUAAAAAUGCUAUUUUGAAAAUCCAAUGCUUGUCAACAAAGAGAAAUUGGAAAGAAAAUUCCCAGGGGUAAUAUUUUUGUCCUCAUCUGUGUAUCUCUAUAAAAUGACAUUCUUUAUAUAAAUGUAUUCUCAACAACAAUCACAGACACAAAUCUGAACAGUCACACCUCUGCAGAGGGAACAUUAAGGCUAACAAGCCAGAUGUUGACUGUUGAAAAGAAGGGUAACAUGUCAAUGCAGAACAUCCCAUCUGUUAAGGAAUGACUUGAUAGAAUCCCUGAGUUUAAUAUAUUUAUAAAAGUAGAUUCAAUUCAGUUCAUUUUUAUUUAUAUGGCUCCAAAUCACAACAACAGUUGCCUCAAGGUGCGUUAAAAGUUUAAGCCCCUGCUUGCUAACAUUUUCUUUUGAAGAUCCUGCUCCUGUAUGAUAAAGGAAACAGAGGCAUCCAAUUUCCCUUCUGCCACAAAUAUACCAGAAAAUGAGCCACUGCUUCUACAGCUAGUUUAACUUGAUUGAACCCAGAGGAUGAAAGUAAAAGCCCACGAGUUAGAUACUUGAUUAUUUAUUACUUUGGAUGAACGGCUUUAAUGCAUUCAUUAGAAAAACGUCUAUAAAAUCAAGUGUGUUACAUGUUUCUGUUGUUGACAGAAGAAUGAGCCACUACAUAUAAAAAUGUCUGUUAUUUCUAAACAUGAUGCGACACUUUGGUUAAAACCUUUGAAUUAUAGCUGAAAAUCUGCACUUCAGUGAUAACGUGACUGUUUGAUUAAAAUCCACUUUAUUCGCUGCAGUAAACAGAGGCAACAUUACAGAAACUCUUGUCUAAUUUUGGGCCUACCUCUAUGCAGAAAUAGGAUUAUUAAGAAUAUAUGAUAUACUGUGAAACUUUCAGAAUCUUGAAAAAACUCGAUACAAAUUUGGUCUUACUGCUUUGCACUACUUGAGCCCAGAGAAUGUAAAACUGCAUCAUUAAUAGACUGGUGCUGAUAUAGUGCUUUUCCACUCUACUGGAGCACUCAGUGCUUUAUACAGCAUGCCUCAUUCACACCAGCACUUUUUAUGUUUAAUUUCUGUCUAAAAUUCACACACAUUUAUUGGAGAGCAAAUUGGUUUCCAGUAUCUUGUCCAAGGCUACUUUGGCAUACAGCCAGGGAAUGAACCACCAGCCUUCCUAUUGGUGGAUGACCUGACCGGAGAUACAGAGUCACAGUAACACAUGGGGGAUCUAUUGUCACUGGGUUAAAUCACUAGUAUCUUAGUGCAAACACAUAAACAGAUUAAGACCAGGUUAUGUUCAGAGUUAAGGUUUAAAAUCAGGAAAAGCACGCAAUUUUCUUUUAAAUUUACACUUUGAUUUAAGUGCUGUAUAGAUCGACUGCUGUAGGAAUAUAUUUAUAUAUGCAAACUGAUAAUCAGUACUCUACUAAUCCCGACUGAAUGGAUCCCAGAUUUCUCUGAAUUUACCCAAAAUGAAAAUGCAAUUCAUGAAAUGAGGCGAUACAUCCUGAAAUAAAAGCUGAGGCAUGUUUUCUGCAACUGCUCAGUUAUGUGGCCACUCACAUUAAAUCCAUAAACAAAUACAUAUGCAUGCUGGGGGCUGGUAGCAUUAGUUAUGUUGUCCUUUUAAUUCUUUGUAAGCAUGUGUAGUUUGAGUACAGAUCCUGUCCUGGUUUGAUUGAGUUUCUUGCCUGUGACGUUACCUCACAGAGAUUGGAUGUACCCUUCAUACCAGGUGAAAGCAGCAGUUUCCAUCUAAUUAUUGUGCUCGCUGAGAGCAAAUAGUCGUAGUAUUUUCUCCUCGUCUUGGUUUGACUGCAAGCGUUUCACUUUCCUGCCACUGACAUUACCUUGAAGACGUGGGAUUUUUGCAAGAUGAUCAGACUGAAGCACUGGUUUGAGGUUUUUGUUUGUCUGUUUACUUUUUUUGUUUUUGUCUUUUUUUCUUGUUUUGAUUUGUUUGUUUGUUUUUACUGUUGUUGGAGAAAAAUACUUCCUCAGCCAUUAGUGAGUAUUUGCUACUGAAGAUGCACAACCUGUACAUGUGAAAUAACAGGCAGAAGGCAGAGUCUAUUUUUGCUUAAACAGCUCCUUAUUUUCAUACAGAAACACAAAGGAAGAUUGUUUCACACGUGCAUAUGUGAAAGCUGAGACAUCUGCUGAAUCCAAACUCCAGAUAUUUGUAUCGAGCACUAUAUUUUGUAAUCAGAUGUAUUUUGGUGACAGGAACAGAGUGUACAGAUAUGUGCAUGUAUUUUAUGCUCACUGUGUCCCACUUGUUUUACAGUUAGAGGCUACAGAACCAUGUUUUAGUACGACUGUCUUUUACAGGAAUUUUGGAUUUACUGCAAAAUAUAAAUUUGUAAAUAAAGAAUGUCAUUUUAUACAA